UAUAUAAUUUAGCCCAAACGUAUAGCUCUCCUAUCAAUCUGUAAGCCCAAUUAUUACAAUAAUCAAAAUAACCCUAAGCCCAAAUCCGACAUAAAUAUAUGGUUUUACGAUUUGGCAGUUUUCUCCCCGUUGCCCGCUCUCCUGCACCAGCAAACCCUAAACCCCAAUCCCCUAGAGACGAACGCGAAAUGGCGAGAAUUAAGGUGCACGAGUUGAGGCAGAAGAGCAAGGUGGAUCUGUUGGCGCAGCUGAAGGAUUUGAAGGCGGAGUUGGCGCUGCUGCGGGUGGCGAAGGUGACCGGUGGUGCCCCCAACAAGCUGUCGAAGAUCAAGGUUGUGAGGCUGUCUAUUGCACAGGUACUCACCGUCAUUUCGCAGAAGCAAAAAACCGCCCUCAGAGAAGCUUACAAGAAUAAGAAGUAUCUGCCGCUCGAUCUCCGCCCUAAGAAAACUCGCGCCAUCCGCCGCCGUCUGACCAAACACCAGGCGUCUUUGAAGACAGAAAAGCAGAAAAAGAAAGAGAUGUAUUUCCCAUUAAGAAAGUAUGCCAUUAAAGUUUAACUUUUCUGGUUCUGGAAUAGCAAUUUUGUUACUGUUUGGAGGAUCUUUGAUAUUGUUUCCAUCUAUUGUUAGAAUUUGCGAUUUAGAUAUAUGUGGUUUGCGAUGUCCAGACAUGAAAUUGAAGUAUUAUUGUUUUUCUACACAAUGUUAUCCUUGGCGUUUCCAUAAAAAAUCCAAGAAUCUUACUAGUCAAA